CUCGACUUCCACUCACUCUGCUACACCCAGCAAGGUAGUGACACCAGCCAGCGCCUAUCAUCCACAGUCCACCUAAUUGUGUAUGUACGGUACCGUGGGGUCACUUGCUGCCUGCUUCAUAGUAACCUUCAGAAUGUUGGCGACUUCAGCAUGGAUAGCAACAUACAUAGUGCUUGCCUUAUUUGCCUUUGUGAUGGUGUCGGGGUACUUACACAGGCGCAGUGCCGGUCGGGUUACCUCCACGGCCAGCAUGAAGGGCAAGACUGUCAUCAUCACUGGUGCGUCUGCAGGUAUUGGUAAGGAGGCAGCGAGAGACAUAGCCCGCCGCGGUGCUCGGGUCAUUCUUGCUUGUAGGAAUCUCAAGAAAGCAAGGGACGUCGCUGAAAACAUCGAAUUGAGCACAGGAAACAGCCAAGUGUUGGUGAGACAGCUGGACACCUCUUCCCUCACCUCUGUCAGGAAUUUUGCUGCUAAAAUACUCGCUGAAGAACCCAGGUUAGACGUGUUGGCUCUAAACGCUGGUAUUGGAGGUGAGGCUGACCUAAUACUGACUGAGGACGGCCUGGAACUUACCAUGGCAACCAACCACUUCGGUCACUUCCUCCUUGCUAACCUUCUCUUAGGUUUGCUUAAAAAAAGUAGCCCCAGCCGAAUAGUGGUGACUGCAUCAAUGGCCCAUAAAUUUCUGAAGACACUAGAUUUGAAGAAUCUAAUAUACGAGAACGGUGACUAUGGAUCGUUCCGUGCCUACUGUCAGUCCAAGAGUUGCAACAUUCUCUUUGCCCGUCAUUUAGCAGAGAUGUUGAAGGGAACUGGGGUGGUGGUGAAUGCACUUUGUCCGGGAUUUGUUGCCACCGAAAUUUUCACCAAGUCUAGUGGCUUCAUGAUUGGCAAGCUCUUCAAAGUAUUCGUUCCACUUUCUUCAAGGACUGAGGAACAAGGGGCCCAGACUAUCGUCCACUUAGCAGUGUCUGAGGAAGGUGCUGACAUCUCUGGCAAGGUUUUUGAGGAUUGUAAGGUGUCAAGGAAGGCAGCAUCCAUAGUACAGGAUACAGGCUUGGCUAAGAAGGUGUGGGAGGCCAGUGAGGAAUACGUUAAACUUAAGCCAGAAGAACGACUCUACUAAAACUACAGUUAUUUUUAGAGUCAACAUAGCAAACAACUAAAGAAGAGCCAUUGGCAGGGAGACAAUAAUUAUUGCUUUGUUGUGAAUAUAACUAGGUAAUGC